AUGCUUGAAAUCAAUGGUCACGCCGAGGCCCGGGGAAAUUCAACGGGUCGACGGGUGUCCCUGGUCAAGCUGGGCAGCGAUCUCGGCAUCUUCAAGCCGCUAGCCAGAAGCACAACGCCCCUGCUCGCCAAGCACAGAAAGGCCGAUCCGCUUCUGGUGUCUUGCAUUGAACGCGACCUGAUCGCGGACAGCUUCGUUGGCGAGGUGCCGCCUGACCGCUACGUCGCCCGGAAAACCACCCACGCCCUGGCCGAUGAGCGCUUCGCGAGCCCCCUGCGCUUCUUCCAUGCUAUAAGCAAUAUCCACCAUCUCGGCUGCAGAUAA